CGGGUCUUAGAAAGCUUCUUCGAGAAGGUGGGCCGCGUCGUCGGCACUCACCCCGUCAAGAGUCUCGUCGGCAGUGUCCUCUUCGUGGUGGCCUGUGGCGGCGGGUUCACGAUGCUGACGAACGAGACACGACCGGAGAAGCAGUGGGUCCCCACAGGAGCCAUUGCCCUGGAGCAUAACGACUACGUCUCGCAGACCUAUCCGUCCAACUCGCGCUUCAACCUCUUCUCCGUCACCUGCAACGACGUGGACACUGAGAAUUGCAACAUCUUUGAUCCGAAGUAUCUCCAGCGAUUCCACGAGAUCAACGAGAAGAUCCUGAACAUCACCAUCGACGGCGACGAGAUUGUCGCGGACUUGGACGAGCGGCACAAGCGAAGCGAAGGCGACAAUCGUCCUUGGACUCAGUAUGCCGGGGAUUGGACCUUCAAUGGGCGUCCGGAGAACGUGAACGGAAGCGUGGUUUUCCAGGGGCGCAAGUGCUUUGCCUUCGGGCCGUUCUGUGGGCGACAGUCCAUCUUGGAUGUGUUCAGGAGUGACGACCACAUCAUCUCAACCCUGACGGCCGAGAAUGUGAAGCUGGCGGUAAACGAGUGGGAGGAUCAGGAGAACUUCUGCCCUCUCACCAUCGCAAAUGCCAACUCUCCAUGCUUCGACACCAACUGCCAGAAGUACGACACCACUGCCGAGCGCAACGCUUGCCGAGUCUUGGCACGCACCUAUUGCGACCAGGAGUGUCCCACAAGGACCUUCCUGAGCGCCACUGGUGAGGAGGUGACAGUGCCCAUCUCCAUGGCCAACUGCCACGAUCGUGGAUGCAUCACCCUCGGCAGCUUCGAGGCCGCAAACAACUCGAACACGCAGCUGAACACGGAUCCCAACGCCACGGGUGAAGCCCCCGAGAGCGCUUUCGAGUUCCAGCCGACCAAGAUUAGGACCAUGGUUGGUGGUCUCCAGCUAGAUGCCAAUCAGAAGUACACCGGUGGAAAGUACCUGUCAGGCUUCUUCGCGCUGAACAAGGCCGAGCUCUUCUGCCCGACCGCAGGUGUCUCCGACCCAGUUGCUGACGAGUGGGAGAGAAGAGCCCUGUGCUUCAUGGGCGUGAACGCCGACACUCGUGCGGAGCCCAAGCUGGAUUGCCCCGAGGAUGAUCUGUUGAAGUUCAGCGGUUUGUUCCAGCGGUCUCUUGGCGACGAGUUCGGCAAUGCAAUCCGAGGGGACAUUUCCAAGCUCACGGCUUCUUAUGGCGUGAUCAUCUUCUACUGCGCGAUCAUGAUCGGCAAGUGCGACGCGAUUCACUCUGGCAUGUUCCUGUCCUUUGUGGCAGUGCUCAUCGUGGGUUUGACGAUUGCUAGCACCCUUGGCCUCAUGGGCUACUUCGGCGUGCCCAACGGCAAUCUCAACAACAACCUGUACUUCCUGCUGCUGGGUCUGGGCGUGGAUGAUGCCUUCGUGCUGAGCUCCGAGUUUCUCCGCCAUUCUCGGGAGGACAGUGGGAAAAGCAUCCCAGACCGCAUUGCGGCAACGGCCCGGACGGGCGGCAUCUCUGUCCUCAUCACCUCCGCAACGGACGCCCUUGCUUUCCUGGUCGGUGCUACCACUGUGCUGCCAGCGCUGGGCUGGUUCUGCACCUAUGCUGGCGUGUCCAUCGUCUUGUGCUACACCUACCAGCUCACAGUGUUCCUGCCCUGCCUGGCCCUGAAUGCCCGGCGCAUCGAAUCCAACCGCAUCGACUGCUGCUGCUGCUGCCGUGUGCCGGAGCGCUCAAUUGAGGAUCCACAGGGAUGCUGCCUCGGCUGCUGCCUCCCUAAGGCAGCCUUUAAAGGAGGACACCUCGCGAAGGGUCUGAAGGCUUUCAUGACGCGUGUCACCACACCCGUGGGACAGGUGGUGACUUUCGUUCUGUUCGCUGUCUUGACCGGCGUGGGCAUCUAUGGAUCCACGAUGAUCUACAAGGACUUCAAGCUGGAGUGGUUCAUCCCGGACUCCUCCUACGUGAACGAGUUCUUCAACAUCAACUCCGAGUACUUCGCGACGGGCACGCCCAUCACGGUGAACAUGAGGGAGACGCCUGCCACGUUUGAAGCUCAGAGCAACAUGCGUGAGCUGCACAACUACUUGACCACCUCGGAGCUUGUGAACCAGGACGUGGCAGUCGAUAGCUGGUAUGAGAAUUUCAUGGAGUGGGCAGUGGAUCCAUCUCAGGCAGCUACCGCCAGCGCUGUCUUCACGCCCUCUCGAACCGACCCAGAUGCCACGUUCCAGGAUUCGUCGGCCUUCUACACAGCUCUCUACACUUGGUACCGCGGCACCACCGGAUCCCGGUAUCGGGGGUCCAUGAUCUGGGCUUCCAGUGCCUGCAACUUGGACGGUAGCUCCGAAGUCAUUCCGAGCGGCUGCAUGAUCACCGAAGGCCUCAAGGCUCAUCGCUUCAAUGCUGAGCUUUCGCUUGCAGCCACAAAUUUGGGCACCAACCGCUACACAACCAUGGAGUCCAUGCGAGCGAAGUGCAAUGAGCUGUACCCGGGCUCCUUCCCUUACAGCUUCGACUUCCUCUACUGGGAGGAGGUUGGCGUCAUUGACACUGAGCUGGUUCGCAACCUGGCGAUCUGCGGCGGCGUGAUCUUGGUGGUGAUUUUUGCCUUGGUGCCUGCACCCCGCAUCGCCAUUUGGGUGGUUCUGUGCGUGGCCCUGUCCAUCGUGGAUACUCUCGGCUUCAUGUACUUCUGGGACGUGACCAUCAGUGGCGUGUCCACCAUCUACCUUCUGAUUUGUGUUGGCCUUGCAGUGGAUUAUGCGGCGCACAUCGCCCACAUGUUCAAGGAGUCUCUCGGCAGCCCCCGCGAGCGCGCAAUCGCAGCCAUCGAGCGCAUUGGACCAUGCACAUUCAAUGCGGUCACUUCCACGCUGCUUGCUGUGCUCUUCUUGGUGGUGACAAUUGCAGGAGCUCACGGAUUGUGGCUCUUGCCUGCCAUCCUUUCCGUGCUAGGUGGAUCCAAGGAGGCCAGCAAGGUUGAGCCCGCUUAA